AUGUAUUGUAGUCCGUCAAAUUUUGGAUUCAAAAGACUAUUCAGAAUGCUCCUGACAGCGGUCCAAAGUCUGUGUCUCCUCAGUCUCCUUCCACCUGUCCUCAGUGAACAGUGCGAUCAUCCAGAAUGCUAUGAGCACGCAAAGCGCCUGACGGAAUCGAUCAAUGACCGAGUUGAUGCCUGCGAAGACUUUGUGGAGUUUGCAUGCGGCAAACAGUUUCCGUUAUUCGAGAGAUUGAGUGUGUUCAAUGGAACGGGUGUCGUCCAACCGACUACGUAUCACCUUCGACUUUGGUGGAUCAGAAGGAAAUUACAAGCUAUUUUAGAUGGACCUCUUGAUGGCGCUGAUCAGAGGGGAAUUCGUCUCGCUAAAAUCUACUGGCAGAGUUGUAAAACGGUAAAUACAGAAGACCUAUUGGGUAAUGUGCGUUUGCUAUUCAAACAACUGGGUGGAUGGCCAGCAAUAACUGAUGCCUGGAACGACAGCCACUUCACUUGGAUGGAAUUCAGUAAACGCUCACGACGUCUAGGAUUUUUGCCAAGUAUGUUCAUUCACGUUGGAGUCAAUGUCGAUGACGUUCACCAGCCGUGGAGUCCAAACGACACAAUAAAACUUACGAUACAGAGACCGGUGCAUGGCAGUCGCUUGGUCGAGGAGAGCCUCGGGUAUUUGAGGAUUGCUAAAUUCCUCACUGAGUCCAAAAUGCCCGAGGCGGGCGAGAUUGAGGAUGCUCUCAAGUUUGGAAAGCAAUUCGAGAUGUUACAAUGAUUGAUUUUGCAGCUGCAGUGCGGUACCAGCGGAGAAAUUCACAUGACAGAAAUGACAAUAAAAAAACUGGAGGAGGUGUAUCCAAUCGUCAAUUGGAUGGAAUAUUUAUCAGAAAUAUUGACAGCCGAACAGCGGAAUCUGCUGUCAUCGAGUGAUCGGGUUAUCGCCGACACCUGCUUCCUGGCGCUGUUCAAUGAUGUAUUUGGAUACACCGAUAAACGGGUGCUAGCGAAUUAUGCAUUUUUAACGGUGAUUGAUGACUUGUUCCGCCUCAUCAGGCCGGAACUGGCGUUGAGCUUUGCGGAGAGCCAGCGGGAAAUUGACGAGAUCUGUUUCGAUUCCACUGCGACAAUUUUUGCGAAAGCCCUUGACAUGAUAAUAGUACAACUAACGCCCCAAGAAAUCAAGGAAAAAGUUCCGGAAAUGGAAGGUCGGCUGCUGGAUAAAAUAUUCAGAUCCAUUCUCGAAAUUCCAUGGAUGGAUUACGAAACCCGAAUGAGUAUAGUCAACAAAAUGGAGGAGUUAUCCUUCAUAAAUCUCUACCCAGACGGCAUACUCGAUGAUAAAUACUUCAACAGGUUGGAGUUGCUCCAAACGGACGCAAUUCAAAUAUACUUUCCUCAGAUCAAUGGUUUUCUCGUUGAUCAUUACUAUCUGCAGGCGGGAAGGCAGCGGAAUAAAUAUGUUAUUUAUGGGCGUAAUGAAGAGAGCAUAAGUUUCUUGGAUAUAUUUUCACCGAGUGAUCUUAUUAUUAGACCCGAUGGCGUGGGAAAUAGAGUCUAUGUCCCAGCGGCGUCGGUAUUGAGCAGAAAAUGGCAUUUUUCACCACAACUCGACUUUCUGAAUUAUGCCUCAGUGGGACGUGAGAUAGCAACAGCCCUGGGCACAAAAAUAUUUCAAAAAAAUUGGCCUACUCCCCCGAACUUCGUCUCACGGGGCCACACUUUGUGGUCGAAAUCAACGCUGAGUCGUUUCAUAAGCCGUGAAUCGUGUUACACCAUCGCAUUCACCCAGGCUAGUGGUGAAUUUCAUUCAGCGGCACUCAUGUUUGCACUCAUCGGCGGUGCAGAAAUUACUUAUAGAACAAUAUUCGAUGAUUGCCGAUUUAGAGACUGCGCGACGACGCUUCCAAAUUUCAACUACACCCCUCGCCAACUAUUCUGGAUCGACGCAAUCUCCUCCGAUUGCGACCGCGAUCUGAAAUACAGGUACAACACAAUGUUGGCGAACAACGAGGCGUUCGCCAGGGACUUCAAUUGCAAGGUGGGAUCAAAGAUGAAUAAUCACAAGAAAUGCACAUUCUUCUUAUAA